AGGGGAGGUGCAUGACCGAGAGACAGAAGCAACAAGAGAGACAGAACUUUUCCCCUGACUCUACAACUGACUGGUAUCAAGAUGAGGGCUGCGCUGCUGCUGCUGCUCUUAGUCACUCUCAUCACCAUCCAGACUGUAGCUGGAGGGAAAAACAAGAAAGAGAAAAACAAACCCGCAGAUUCCGGGUCAGAAUGCUCCGACUGGCGCUAUGGCAACUGUGUCCCUAGCAACGGGGACUGUGGAGCAGGGUUUAGAGAGGGGUCAUGUGACCAGCAGACCAAGAAGAUGAAAUGUAAAGUGCCUUGCAACUGGAAAAAGGACUUUGGAGCUGACUGCAAGUAUCGGUUUGGGAGCUGGGGAGAGUGUGAUCCGACCUCCGGCUCGCGGACCAGAACAGGGACACUGAAGAGGGCUCUUUAUAACGUGCAAUGUCAACAAACUAUUUCUGUCUCCAAACCUUGCCCUGGAAUAACCAAGACAAAAACCAAAGGAAAGAAGAGAAAAGGGAAGGGGAACUAGGACCAGGCUGGAGGGACGAGUCUCCGGAGAGUCUUCAGAGUAACGAAGAAGCAAACAUAAACUGUCUGAACCAGCGGGACAGUUGAACCAACACAAGUAGUCAUAGCUUAUUUCCAUGCACACAUUUCUGAGUGUUCUCCGGGUUACCUAAAUCAUGGCAAAACAUAUUUUUAAAACACAUAUGAGAAGUCUGAAUAUACACUAAAUCUGUAGAUACGGUGAAAAUGAACGCAACAUUACAAUGAUUUUGGAAAAUUUGUGUUAUAAAUCUGCCUCUAUGUUAUAAAGUGUUAUCAAUAUAAAAAUUUUAUUUUCCAAUGUGUGACUCAUGCCUAUAAACAUUUCAUAGAGUGGAUACAUGUGGAUGUGUCAGUAACAUCUAUGCACAACCAUUCAAGAAGGCUUCUCUUUCUUUUCUUUUUCAAUUAUUCUAACCACUAUAGUUGCUUGUGGAUUUAUUUUAAAUAUUGUAGAAAUCAUCUUCUCUCAAUUUGAUUCAUUCUCCCUUCUUUCUCCCGCUUUAGAAUAAACUUUAUUAUUUUGUCCUGUAGAAGGACUGAUGCUUUCCUUUUGUUUAUUAAAGAACAUACCGUCACUUUUUUUAUUUUUAUUUUAUUGGUUUCUAGACAUGUAGGCACUGAAAUGUGAGAA